CUACAAUGCCUCACGCUCCUAGAAAUAGCUUCAUUGCUCCCGGCGUUUCCCGCUACUCUCGCUCUGUUGCCUACUCCAAGAAGGCUCAAUACAAGCGCAAGCAAACUGCUGUUGCUGCUCCUGCCAAGCAAACCGUUGCUGAAAAGACUGUUGAAGUAAAGGGUGCCAAGAACGGUGGUAAGCGUACUGUCCCUGCCCAAAAGGCUUCUCGCUUCUACCCCGCUGAAGAUGUUCCUCAACCCAAGGUUACCCGUAAGACUGCCAAGAAGACUGCUCUCCGUAAGAGCAUCACUCCUGGUACCGUUGUCAUCCUUUUGGCCGGUCGUCACAGAGGUAAGCGUGUUGUUGUCUUGAAGCAACUCGACUCUGGUCUUUUGCUUGUCACUGGUCCUUUCAAGGUCAACGGUGUUCCCUUGAGACGUGUCAACCAAGCCUACGUUAUCGCUACUUCCACCCACAUUGAUGUCUCUGCCAUCAAGGUUGAUGAAAAGAUCAACGAUGCUUACUUCAAGAAGGCUGCUAAGGCUGACAAGGCCUUCCUCGAAGGUGAACAAAAGAAGGCUGCUUUCCCUGAAUCCAAGGCUGCCGAUCAAAAGGCUGUUGACAAGGCUAUCCUCGAAGUUGUUGCCAAGACUCCUUUCCUCCGUCAAUACUUGGCUUCUACUUUUGGAUUGACCAAGGGUCAAUUCCCUCACAACUUGAAGUUCUAAGCUGUUUUUUUUAUUUUCUUCAAAAUAAAAUUUUCGAGUAUCAUUUGAUUAAA